CCUGGUGGCCAAAGUAGGACAUUACACCAUUGAGAGAGACGGACGGGAGAGAAGCACUCUUCCCUGCACAUUCAGAAAAACAUGGCAGACGACGAGAAAUUACCAUCGGGCUGGGAAAAGCGGAUGAGCCGCAGUUCAGGUCGGGUCUACUACUUUAAUCACAUCACCAACGCCAGCCAAUGGGAGCGGCCGAGCGGGGCGGGGGAUGGGAAGGGCGAGCCGGAAAAGGUGCGCUGCUCCCACCUGCUGGUCAAGCACAGCCAGUCCCGCCGACCCUCAUCCUGGAGGGAGGAGAACAUCACCAGGUCCAAGGACGAGGCUCUGGAGAUGAUACAGCAGUACAUAGAGAAGAUCAAGUCUGGUGAAGAGGAGUUUGACAGUCUGGCCUCCCAGUUCAGUGACUGCAGCUCUGCACGGAAUGGAGGUGAUCUGGGCACAUUUGGCAGAGGUCAGAUGCAGAAGCCAUUUGAGGACGCCUCCUUCGCUCUGAAAGUGGGCGACAUGAGUGGGCCAGUGUUCACCGACUCUGGAGUCCACGUCAUCCUGCGCACGGGAUGAACCCAAAAGCACCCCCACCCCAAUAUCAACUUCCCCAAAAAACAUCCCCCUAUAUCAACAACUCUCCAAAAAAAGCCACCCCUAUAUCAAUAACACCCCUAGAAACAACCCCACUGCCCUCCAAGCUCAACAACUCCCCAAAGAACCACCCCCAAUGUCAACAACACCCUCAAAGACCCGCCCUGACCAAUAUUGGCCCCUUCUCUGAACCAGUGUGCGCCCCCCAUCCUCAAACUUAGCUUUCUUAAAUCAUUUCAUGAAACCAACACCCCCCAAAUAAAGGCUUCAUAAAACAAUGCCCCCUAGCAUUCCUCCUGUUCCAUCUUCCUCCAAAACCUGUUCACCCUCAGACCCCCCCCCCCCCCACACACACACACACACACACACACACCUCCUCCCCUACUAAUGCCCCACUGCUUGCCUCCGGUGUCAGACCUACCAACUUCCUCCUACCCCGUGUUCUCUCCUGAGUCAAGGAACACCUCUUUCACUUUGUCCUAGCCCCUCCCCUAAUGGUCUUCUUGAGCUCCGCCCCCAUCCCGGCUGCCCCACCCCCCUUAGUGUAAGUGCAUGGGUCUGCUGGGCGGGACUGAGAAACAGCUCUGUAGCCGCAGUCGCCACGGUGAUGGUGACUGUGAAUGAGACAACAAAUAAUAUGUAAAAAAAAAAAAUAAUAAUAAUAAUAAAAGAGAGCCUGUGAUUGGAGAGAAAGUGUAACUGUUGCUGUCUGCAGACAGUCUCAUGAAGAGUGAUGUUUACCUGGGUCAGUUACAGAAUAAUUUCGUAUUCAAAUAAUUUUCUGUGCUCGAUUGAUCUUGCCUCGUGCAAUUGAGCCAAUCAAGAGGACCAGAAGGUGGGGUUUGCACUUUUUGAGGGCUUUUCAUCCAUUUCAAAACACCCGACAAGUUCAGUCUGGUUGAAUUCAAAACAUUAACGUCAUAUGUCUGAAGGGGGGGGUAAGUGAGUAUGUGCCUGUGUGUUCCUGCCCAAACAGUGCUUUCUGCAGUGGUUCUCUAUGCGCUAGCCUUUGAUUGGCUCAAACUUACAGAGAUCCAUAAGGGUCCCGAACUGUGAUUGGUCUGUGUGUAAAAGGUGUUGCGUCUGUUAGCCAGUGAAAGCAGUGCUCUGGGAAAUAACAAAGAUUCACAGCAGGACAAGGAAGAGGGGAAAUCAGUGGAUUAGAUGGGAGGAUGGAACAUAGAAUGUCAUUUUGAAAGCAUGAAUGUAGAAAUGUAGCUUUCGUCUCUGGGUUAAAUGUGUAAUGAAUUCGGAAACCUCCAAUUCCUCAUGGCCAAGUAGAGAAACUUGUUUUUGACUUCUUAUUUUUAAAGGCAAUAGGUUUUUUGUAAGGGUGGGAGAAGGGAGAAAAGCACUGAAGUCCUUUUUGAAUAUUAUUUGUGUUUGUCCCUCCAUUCACUGCUUUAACUGUAAUGCCUGGGUCCUAGGACUACGUUACCCAUAAUGCAUGUGGAGGGUGUUUUUGCAUCGAUGCCAAAACAUCAGUUGCUGAGCAUCACCAUUAAAGGAAUGUGUUUUUUUGUAA